AUGGAAGGACACACAUCUUGUAUUAUCGGAUCGUCUUUGAUAUUAUUUGGUGGAAAAAAUGUUACAAGUUCCUCUAAUAUCAGGUAUUACUCAAAUGUUGUAAGAGUAUUACCAGAUAUUUCUAAACUUUUCGGGAAUGGUAACAAUUUUUGUCAUAUUUCGGAGAUGAUUACAAAACCCUCGGUUCAGGGUCGUGCUUAUCACAUGGCGUAUGCUUACAGGAAAAAAUAUAUGGUGGUACUUGGAGGAAUAUUGGAAAAUGUUGAAGAGCAAAAUAACUGUAUGCGAUCUAUAGAUAUUCUUGAUACCGACGAACGUCGUUGGUAUCAUGUUAAUGCACAGGGUGAUGCACCUACUAGUCGUAUUCAUCAGGCAUCAUCCAUUUAUGAAAAUAACCUUUUUCUUCAUGGUGGAUAUCCUCUAAUACUUGAUGACAAGGGUGUAGCAAGAGAAUUUACUUCAGAUCAUAUACUUGAUAUGGGAAGUCUUCUUUUUGACACGUUUAUACUCAACUUAGAAACAAUGGUUUGGCGUCGAGUAACAUCAAAUGUUUUAUGUAGGCCUCUUCUUUGGGGACAUUCUGCUAUAACGUUUUCAGGUAAUAUUCUUAUAUUUGGUGGGGUGGAUGUAUCAAAAAAAAAGGAAGUUGGAGAUAUUAUGUUAUGGAAUAUUCAAAAAGAAACCUGGAUGAAGGUGGAUUGCACAUGUUCUUUUCCAUCUGCUAUGCAUCAAGCAGUAACCGUAAGGAAUAAAAAUAAUAAUACCAAAGAACCGACACGAAUGUUUGUUUUUGGUGGAGUACAAUUUUCCUUAGAAGAGUCUCUUUCAGAAUUAAAAGAGUUCAAUUUGGAAAAAGGAAUUUGGAAACUUGUAUCGGCUAAAGGUGAUAUUCCUGUUGGACGUGUAGGACAUACAUUACUUACUUAUGAUACUAAUACGAUUUUAAUGGUUGGUGGUGUAAUAACUCUACAAGAAAAUCUUAUUCAAGACAAUAGUUUGUAUAUUUAUCGAUUGGAGAUGAAUUCUUGGAAAAAGAUUUCCUUAAUUACGGAUAAAGAUCCUUUGGUUGAAAAAACAAUGCGUGAAAGUCGUGAACCUUACGUUGGAAAAAGAUUCGUUUCUUUUACCUCAACGUUAAAAAAAUCUGAACCCUAUGAUGAUUAUCGCAAUACUCACAACACGGGAUCUUCUAUUAAAUCAGGUACAUCAAUUUUACAAGAUGAGGUGAUGUCUUUAGAAAGAAAAAAUAAUAUUUUCUAUCCCACGUUUCGUGAACGUGAAUUUACUGAACAUCAUCAGGAAAAUAUAGGGGAAUAUUAUGUACAAAGUGAAGAUUAUGAUGCACCUCCUCCUCUUCCUUCUCCUAUAAUAGGGAGAAGAAGUCAAUGUAAAGAUAAAAUACAAAAUUCUACGCAUAUGCCCCGAGACAUGAAAAAAACUCCUGGCGAAAACUUUAAUAAACACUUCAAAAAUGCUGGGAAAAGUGAUAAAACGGAAAGGGUUUCAAAUUCUUCUGAAGAAUAUCACUUUAAAGAUCUUGAUAGUCUCAAGAAUGUCAGUCAUUUUCCGACAGUGGGAAACGAAGAUUAUUUAAAGCAAGAGGAAAGUUCUUCUGUUAAAGUGAAGGUUCCAUGUGUUUCACCUUCACUUAUUCAAGUAAUGAUCAAUUCAACACUUCGACGAGAUCCGCCGAAAGAUCUCCCUAAUCAUAUUGCUAACUGUCAGCCCUCUGAUGACCCCUUUUCGUACCUAAAAGCAACAAAAACCGUUAAACAAUGGCAAGAGCGAUCUGCAUAG